GAGGUCAUCACGUAGACAAAGACGAAGGCUACAUGAGGCCGGCUGCUGUCAGUCUGGCUGUUCAGUCGGUCGUGGAGCUACAGCAGCAGCAGUGCACUCUGGGACAUUUGAGGUCAGGAGAGAAACAUGCUGUCGGUAUUUGCCAGAAACGGAUCUGAAACUCCGGAGCCGGUGAAAGCUCAAGUGGAAGGGUCCAUCCCGUCCUGGCUGCAGGGAACUCUGCUGAGGAACGGGCCGGGCCUUUUCUCUGUGGGCAGCUCUGAGUACAAUCACUGGUUUGAUGGCAUGUCGCUUAUCCACAGCUUCACUGUCUGCAAAGGCGAGGUGACUUACAGAAGUAAGUUUCUGAAGAGUGACACCUACAAAAGGAACAUCGAGGCCAACAGGAUUGUCGUCACUGAGUUUGGAACCAUGGUCUACCCAGAUCCCAGCAAAAACAUCUUUUCCAGGGCAUUCACGCACUUCUCCAACGUCAUCUCUGACUUCACCGACAACAACUUAAUCAACAUCAUUCGUUAUGGUCAGGAAUACUACGCCUCCUCUGAGGUCAACUACAUAAACCAGAUUGAUCCUGCUACUCUGGAAACUAUCGGCAGGAUUAACUACAAGAAACACAUCGCUCUGACUUUAGCCACGGCUCACCCUCACUAUGACAGUGAGGGCAACACCUACAACGUGGGCACCGCCAUCAUAGGCUUAGGCCUGCCAAAGUACAUCAUCUUCAAAGUUCCCGCUGAUGCAUCAGAUUUACAGCAUCAGAAGCCGGCUUUGAGCAAAGUUCAGCAGAUCUGUUCGUUUGCGCCUCGUUCCACUCUGUUUCCAAGCUACUUCCACAGUUUCGGCAUGACCGAAAACUACAUCGUGUUCGUGGAACAGCCCUUUAAACUGGACAUCGCCAAACUGGCCACCGCCUACUUCAGAGGGAUCAGCUGGGGGAGCUGCCUCUUAUUCGAUAAGGACGACAUUACCCUGUUCCACGUCAUCAACAAAACCACAGGAGAGGCGGUGUCCACUCGUUUCUAUGGCGACGCGCUGAUGGUUUUCCACCACAUCAACGCGUACGAGGACGACGGCCACGUGGUGUUCGACCUAAUCAGCUACAAGGACAGCAACCUGUACGACAUAUUCUACAUCAAGAACCUGAGGCAGGACUCCAGCACCUUCACCGAGACCAACAAAAAAUUCAGCGCGCCGCUCUGCCUGAGGUUCGUCCUGCCGCUCAGCGUCAACAAGGAAUCUCCCAGAGGGUCGAACUUGGUGACUCUGACAGACACGACGGCCCAGGCAGUGAUGCAGGAGGACGGCGCCGUCUACUGCCAGCCCGACUCUCUGCUUCCAGGUCUGGAGCUGCCGGGGAUCAACUACAGCUUCAACGCUAAAAAGUACAGGUACUUCUACGGCUCCAGGGUGGAGUGGUCUCCUCACCCCAACAAGCUCGCCAAGUUUGACAUCGUCACCAGGAGACACGUCGAGUGGCAGCAGGAGAACUGCUUCCCUUCAGAGCCGGUGUUUGUCGCGUCUCCGGGAGCCGUGGAGGAAGACGACGGGGUGAUCCUGUCGUCUGUCAUCUCUCCGGACCCGACCGCCUCUCCGUUCAUGCUCGUCCUCGACGCCAAAACCUUCAAAGAGAUCGCCCGAGCCUACAUCCCCGCCAGCGUCCACAUGGACCUUCACGGACACUUCAUCCCCGCCUAGGGUUGCCACCUUCAAUACAGAAAACUAAGGGGCCGCAGCAGGGGCCGCAGCGGGGGCCACACCCCUCGGGGGCCCAGCAACCACAGGCCCGAUGGCGUGCCAGUGGCGGUACAUCAUAAUUUAAAACGUGUUUUCAGCAAAGUCUUAAGAUUGACGUUAGAAUGAGCCGUCUGCUAUUGAAAUCAGUGCGAACAGAUGAACUCAGUCUCUCUCUGUCUCAACAGACGAUGUGUGACAGCAAAACAAAAAAUAUAGGAUGUGAACUGUAUUUUAUUAACUUAUUAAAUCAACAUGUCCAGAACUUAUUAACUCUAAACAGGCUAAAACUAAAGCUUUGAUACGAAUCGACUGGACUUGCAAAGGGUUUUCUGUGAACAUCAGAAGUAGUUAAUGAUCAGUCUAUUGUUAAUUCUACAGUAUUGAAGGACGCACUUCUAUAAAUUGGUUAAGCAAGACACAUGGUUGUUUAUAUUGUUAUAUAAUAUUGUUAUGUUGUUAUUAUAUUUUGAUGAUUAAAAGUGUAUUAAAUAUCUCUUAUUAAAUUAUUAAUUGCGAUGUGUCUGACUGGUUACCUCAACCUUAAAAAACAAACCCCUCCAUAAUGUAGGCCACAACACAUUUGGUAAUUUGGGACAGCAAGAACAUGUAAAAAAUGUAAAUAUAAUUUAGUUAGUAACAUUUAGUAUUUUGUUACACUAUGCAGCAUGUUAUGAAUAUCAUUUAAAUCUACAGUUUUUUAGUCAGCAAAUGUUUUACCCGUAUAUUAAAAUCAAGCUGAAGCCUGUCAUUUCUGUUAACUCUGUUUUUUACUUCCUGUUUGAUGCAGACGCCCCCAUGUGAUGACGCAUAAAUUAUGUCAUGUGACUUUAGUUAUGCGCAUUCACAGCAAGCACCAAUAACUUUGACUGAAAAGGCUUUUUUCUCACGCUGUCCUAAUAUGCCUGAAUUCACCCUACUUUUGGACGCGGGGGUUUCUGGAGCUGCAGCUCGACUCCCUGCCAAGAGACCCUCCCUUAUCUGACCCCGAUUGACCCUGACAGGAUUAAUCAAACCAACAACGGCAGCCAGUAUUACCCAAUCAGAGGUAGAAAAGGAGAAGUCUUCACAGAAUGCGGGUGGGCUGAUUUGCACAGGAUGCUGCUUUAAAGAGGGACAAACCGCGACCCGUAUUGACUCCUGACGGGACGCUUCUGUAUUUGAAGGGACGUCUGAACUUCUGAAUCAUUUAUUGCUCUCUGUAACUGAUGCAUAACAUAUUUGUCUUCCGUCUUCCUCUUGUAUGAUUUUCAGGCUGACAAACCUUUACAUUAAAGCUUCAUGUUUAUAAUCACAA